UCUUCUCCAAAGUACCAAAAUAGCUUUACAGAACUUUCCAGACCUUCCAGAAAAAACUAAAGAAACCCAUUAAACUUCUAUAUAUAUUUAUAUAACAAAUCUCCUCAAAAUUACACAAACAGAAAAGAAGCAAAAAAAAUGGCGCUUUUUGGUGACCCUUUUAGACGAUUUUUUAUUAGUCCAACCAUUUAUCGAACGUCUUUUGGUUCACCCGCUCUUCUUGAUUGGAUUGAAUCUCCUAAUGCUCAUAUCUUCAAAAUUAAUGUGCCAGGGUAUAACAAGGAAGACAUAAAGGUGCAAGUUGAAGAUGGAAAUGUGUUGGUGGUGAAGGCCGAGGGCGGCGGCAAAAAGGACGAAUUUCAUGGAAAAGACAAAGAAGUAGUGUGGCACGUGGCGGAGAGAGGCGGAAGCAAAGGCAGCGAUUUCUCGAGGGAAAUUGAGCUGCCGGAUGAUGUGAAGGUGGAUCAUAUCAAAGCUCAAGUUGAGAAUGGUGUUCUCACCAUUGUUGUACCUAAAGAUGCAACUCCAAAAACAUCUAAAGUUAGGAACAUUAAUAUAACCAGCAAGCUGUAAAAUCUUGGUUAUGGAGAAACAGAAAUGAGGAUACUCUAUGUAUGUUGUGUCAUGUUAUGGAAUUGGAUGGAUGUAACAAAGUACUUGUAGAAUAAUCAAAGUUUUUUUUAUCU